GUGAUCAACAAUUAAUAAUUGGCAUUGUUCCUGAGUUCAAGUUCAAGUUCAAGUUCAACCACUUGAUAAAAAAAAUUAUAAAUUUUAUAUUCCCCUCUCUCUCUCUCUAACCAAAAUAUUUGAAACAAUUAACUACAGUAGAAAAAGUCCACGCUAUUUUUUGCUUAUAAAUAUAAGCUUGGUUAAGUUUUGUGAGCUAUGUGUGUGUUUUUGUAUAAGAGAAAUUGAAGAAAAAGAACACAGCAUAAGGGAAAUGAAGAGGAGUAGAGAUACAGAGAAGAAAUCAGAGAUAAACUCUGCUAUUGAAGAGCUUUCAGUGCUUGUUAUAGUCAAACCUGGAAAAAAUCAUGAGACUGCACACAUCCCAACAAAGCCUUUCCUAUCUUUAUGUUACAUGAUUCUACAAGUUCUUGAUAAGGUAGGACCAACUAUGGCUGUUUUGAGACAAGACAUUCACCAAAAUAUUAAGAGAUUGGAAGCAAUACAUGAAUCAAAUCCCUUAACCAAUUCAAAUUUGGUUGAGAUAUUUAAAUCAGAAACUAGCAAAGGCAAUGCAAAGAAGAGGAUUAGUGGCAGUAAAUCCUUUGUUUGGCUCACUAGAUCCCUGGAUUUUACAUCAGCAUUAUUACAAGCCCUAUCAACAGAUCCUGAAAAGAAUCUGGAACAAGCAGUUCAAGAGUCUUAUGAUGCAACUUUGAACCCAUGGCAUGGAUGGAUUUCAUCAGCAGCUUUCAGAGUGGGUAUAAAACUAGUGCCUGAUACUAAAACUUUCAUGGAUCUCCUCAGGGAAAAAGAUGAAAACUGUGACACUCUAAGGGAGAAAAUGGAGAUUUUUGUUUCUUUGCUUGUGCCUUUUCUUGAGGAUAUUCAUUCUAUUCUAAAAAUGUAUAACUUGGACAGGCUUAAGUCAAAUUGAAGCUAAGAGAGAAAAGCUGAUGUGCAACUUUGCUUAGUUUAUAUUGUAUAGUUUGGUUUCCUCCGACACUGUUAGCAUGUAAAUAACUUGUACAGCAAAAUUUGUAUCCACACAGUUCUGCAGUUACACAAGUUUACAUCCACCUGGUUAAUAUAGCUGUUUACACAUCAAAUUUUACUUAGUUGAUUUUGAUUUUA